CAAAAUGGACAGCAUACAGCAGGAGAAGAAGUCUGACUCGGCUCAGCAAUAUGCCAACAGUAUCGUGGGUGAGGAGAAGGGAGUCAUACUGGAUGACCCGGAUGUGCAGCAGUUCUAUGGCCCCUCUACUACGGAAGCAUAUCGACUGAAGUCGGAGUUGGUGGGGAAGUGUAUGGAGGAAAUUGGGAUGGGAAGAUUUCAGUGGAAGCUCUUCGUCGUAACGGGGUUUGGAUGGAUCGUGGAUAACUUUGCAUCACAAGGCAUCAGUAGCGUCCAACCGCCCAUUGAACUCGAGUUCCCCGGCAUCGUCCAGGUCAGCUACAGCUCCGUGGCCUACUAUACGGGCUUGAUCCUAGGUGCUUCGUUCUGGGGUAUUUCUAGCGACUUGAUCGGCCGGAAGCUUGCGUUCAACUCGACCCUGCUGAUUGCAGGUAUCUUUCUGUGUGGUGCUGCAGGCACUGAAAGCUUUCUGGCCUUUAGCGCCAUGUGGGCUGUCAUCGGCACCGCAGCGGGAGGGAAUGUCCCUGUAGAUUCAAUGAUCUUUCUUGAGUUUGUUCCAGGGAGUCACCAAUACCUCCUCACAGCUCUAUCGGCCUGGUGGAACUUGGGCCAACUGAUUGUGUCGCUCUUGGCCUGGGUCUUCCUCGCCAACUACAGCUGUCCGACCGAUUCUACACCAGCAACAUGUCAUCGAAGUGAGAAUAUGGGAUGGAGAUACACCCUAAUCUCCUUAGGUGCUCUAUCCCUCGCCUUUACCGUCAUACGCAUCUUUAUCUUUAAGCUUCCCGAAACCCCCCGCUACCUCCUCUCCAAAGGCAAGGACCAAGCUGCCGUCGACUCGGUCAACUACGUCGCGCGCCAGAACGGCAAGCCCGAGCCAUUGACUAUAGGCAUGUUUCAGGAGAUUGAUGCCCGACUAGGAAUCACCAAUGAAACCAGCACGUCUGCACAAGGCCCAGGAUUGAGCACUAGGGAAAUCAUCAAGGAGAAUAUGAAAGACUUUCGGUCAACACACUACCAGGCCCUCUUUGCCACGAGGAAACUUGGUAUCCAUACUGGUAUCAUCUGGCUUAUUUGGUUGACAAUUGGCAUCGCCUAUCCCCUCUACUUCAACUUUCUCCCCUCCUACCUCGCCACAAAAUUCUCAUCGGACGACUCCCUGUACACUACUUACAGAAACUACUGCAUCGAGUCUGCUGUCGGCAUAGUUGGGCCGCUCUCUGCAGCUUAUUUCGUAACCACCUUCUUCGGCCGGCGUUGGAUGAUGGGUAUUUCGUCCAUCAUCACGGGCGUCUUUCUCUUCGCAUAUGUGGGCGUCAGCAAUCCAACGUCGAGUCUAGCGUUCGCUUGUAUAACAGGCAUUUUGGGAAAUUUCGAAUACGCAAUCAUGUACGCCUUCACGCCGGAAUCCUUUCCCGCUCCACAUCGAGGAACAGGUACCGGCACUGCUGCUUCAUUAUUAAGGUUUGGUGGGCUCUGUGCUAGUCUGAUUGCUUCGCAGACAGGGUUCACGCCGGCGCCCAUAUAUGCAAGUGCUGCAUUAUGGGUUGCUGUUGGGUUUGUCUGCUUUGGGCUACCAUUUGAGACGCAUGGGCAUGCGGCUAUUUAGAUGUAUGGGAUUGGUCAUUGUGCACGCUUGGAAGUGGGUAGACCGUGGUAUCGGAAAUUGGGUGUGUCUUGGCCAGAUUCAUGAUGUACCGGGUCUCUGGGUUGCUUUGCCUUUGUA